AUGUUUUACUCGACAAUGAUAUUCGAGGAAGUCGGUCUGAGCGGUGAAGCUGCCAUCUUCGCCACAAUUGGUGUGGGCACAGUGAACCUCCUAACAACGUUCAUACAAAUGUAUUACAUUGAUCAUCCAAAAUCUGGCCGAAUCCAAUUGCUCACGAUCGGUACUGUUGGUAUGAUUGCGUCAACAGCGAUGUUGACGGUGGCAGUCACAUUCAAAGAGAACACGCUUGCGAAGUAUGGCGCCGUUGCGUUGGUCAUGGUUUUCGUCUUCUCAUUUGCUCUUGGACCGGCGGCUAUAUCAUGGCUUCUGGCAUCGGAACUUUUCUUAACAAAUGCACGAGCAAAUGGUAACGCGUACAUGUCAGCUGCUAAUUGGACGACGAGCAGUCUCGUUGGUCUUGUGUUUCCAGAGAUUAAUAUUUUUGUCAAAUAA